AUGGCGACAACACUUCAUCUCCGGUCCGAGUCGAAGCCCCUUGAGCAUCGAUCUGCCUUGACCCCCAGCACUACCAAAGCCCUAUUGGACGCCGGCUACAAAGUCAAUAUCGAGCGCAGCCCGGAGCGCAUAUUCGAGGACUCCGAGUUUGAAGCUGUGGGCGCAACCCUGGUUCCUGAAGGAUCAUGGAAAGACGCCCCGGCAGACCACAUCAUCGUCGGGCUUAAGGAGCUGCCGGAAGACAAAUUCGCGCUCAAGCACACGCAUGUGCAGUUCGCACACUGCUACAAGAACCAAGGUGGUUGGCAAGACGUGCUGUCCCGCUUCCCGCACGGCGGCGGUACUCUUUUAGACCUCGAAUUUUUAACAGAUGAUGUCGGACGCAGAGUCGCGGCGUUCGGAUAUCAUGCCGGCUAUGCGGGCGCGGCGUUGGCGAUCGAAGCAUGGGCGCACCAAUUGACCAACCCGAGUGAGCCCAUGGGCAGUGUAUCGAGCUACCCAAGUCAAGAUCUUCUCCUCAAAGACGUGCACGCGGCUCUGGAGAAGGGUUCCAAGGUCGCAGGUCGUCAACCACGCGUUCUUGUGAUUGGCGCACUAGGUCGUUGCGGCCGUGGCGCCGUUGAUCUGUGCAAGCAGGCUGGGGUAUCGGACGAGAAUAUCCUCAAAUGGGACCUGCCAGAGACCAAGAAGGGUGGACCUUUCGAAGAGAUUGUCGAGUCAGACAUAUUUGUGAAUUGCAUUUAUUUGAGCGACCCAAUCCCGCCGUUCAUCAACAAACAAUCCCUCUCAUCCCCGAAACGCAACUUGUCAGUCGUCUGCGAUGUGAGUUGCGACACCACGAACCCUCACAACCCGAUCCCCAUCUACACCGAAAACUCGACCUUCGCGAACCCGACACUGCCCGUCCCAGGUUUUGAGAACCCUCCGCUGUGUGUGAUCAGCAUAGACCACCUACCCUCCCUGUUGCCAAGGGAAGCCAGCGAGGCCUUCUCCCAGGCGUUACUGCCGAGUCUGCUGCAGUUGAGGGAAAGGAAGAGCGCGCGGGUGUGGAAGCAGGCGGAGGAGUUAUUCAAUGAGAAGGUAGGCACGCUGCCAGAGGCUAUGAGGGGGGCUUGGAAUAAAAUCACCGGCACCUAG